AUGAAAUUUGGCACAAUACUGCCGCCUCGCGGCCACUUCCAUCAGAAACCCACAUACACUAACGAUUGGAAGGCCUCUGUCGCCUUUGUGGUUGGAAACCAGAUUGAAGAUGAGCUUCUCAUUCAAGCCCUCACCCUCGCUGUCCAGGUGCCUCAGCGUAAACUCUUCAGUUUGGUGUCAUGGCAAGACAUUCUCCAGCAGGUCAAUGAAAUAAAUACACUUGUUGGAAGUGCUUCAUCUAAAAAGGGAAAAAAACCUGUAGGCGGUGGUGCCCCCUUAUUUUAUGAGGUACUAAUGGCAGCAAAAACAAUUAUGGAUAGUGGAGAGAAAUUAACCUUACCACUGAUAGGGAAGCUCUUAAAAUUUGAGCUUCUACAGAUUAAAGUUAAGGACCAACAGCAACGGGAAAACGAAAAGAAGGUGACGGAAGACAGAUUUAAAUUAGAAAAGGAUAAAGGGAAAGCAAAAUCUUCCAAGGAGAAGAAGACUCCAAGUGCCAAGCCUGCCAAAGGAAAGGGGAAGGAUCAGCCUGAAGCCCCCCCUGCCGUGAAAAAGACCACCCAGUUAACGCAGAGGGGAGAAGAAGACGCCAUCAAAUGUUACAUUGACGAUGAGCCAGAUGGUGGUGCCCAACAUUACAUUAUAGUUGUGGGCUUCAACCAUCCCCAGCUAUUAGCAAUUAUGACUGAGCUUGGCAUUCCUAUAACCAGCGUGAUUAAAAUAUCUUCAGAGAAUUACGGACCGCUACAGACACACCUGGCAACGGUUAGCCAGCAGCAGGAAGUUUUUCUUCAGCCAGAAGCUAUAGAAGCUGAAAAAUUGAAGAAAGAAAAUGCUGUAAAAGAACUUGAAACGUUUUGGAAGUACUUGGAACCAGUCCUGAAUAAUGAAAAACCAGAAACAAAUCUCUUUGAUGUUGCCCGACUGGAAUAUAUGGUCAAAGUGGCUGAUUUUCCUUCUGACUGGUCAGACAGCGAGACAAUGCUGGAAUUGGGCACUGAUAUUUUUGAAAAUAUUGCCUGUUUGAUGUAUGACAGCCUGGACUGGAAAAGGCAGCACCAGCACUAUUUGGAAAGCAUGCUACUCAUUAAUGUUCCACAAGUGGUUAAUGAGAAAACUGUCUUAGAAGCCGUACCGAUUUCUGAGCCUCCCCAACUUGUGGUUCCAACCCCUGGAAAGAAGAAAGCACAAUAUGAAGAACCGCAAGCUGCACCACCAGUGACUUCCAUCAUCACAACUGAAGUAGAUAUGAGAUAUUACAAUGAUUUGCUGAAUCCAAUUCCAGAAGAAUUCACUUCUGUGCCCCUGAUACUGCACUGUAUGCUGGAACAGGUUGUAGCAACUGAAGGGGAUCUUGUCCCACCCAGUCUGCGGGAGCCACCUCCCAGAGCAGAUGGGCUAGACCACAGAAUUGCAGCACACAUCGUGUCCUUUCUGCCCUCGCUCUGUCUCUCAGAGAAGGAGAAAAAGAAUCUUUAUGAAAUAUUCUUAUCCGGAGAAGAGAGCAAAAGCAAAGCUGUGCCCAAAGGCCCUCUCCUGCUGAACUAUCAUGACACACUCACCCACAAGAAGUAUGCACUGAAGGACCAAAGGAAUUUGGACCCAGUUCAAAUUGAGCAGGAGAUGCAGUCCAAGUUGCCACUCUGGGAAUUCCUUCAAUUCCCUCUGCCCCCACCAUGGAAUAGCACUAAACGUCUAGCUAUGAUUCAUGAACUUAUGCACUUUUGUACAAGUGAAGUCUUGAGCUGGAAUGAAGUAGAACGAGCCUUCAAGAUGUUUACUUUUGAGAGCCUAAAGCUCUCUGAGGUCGAUGAAAAAGGGACACUAAAGCCUUCUGGGAUGAUGUGUGGGGCGGACUUUGAAGCGUGCAGCAUACCGUGGGACAACCCUGCCAGAUUUGCUAAGCACAUAAGGCAGCAGCACAUCAGGAAAAUGAACGGCCACGAAGCCCAUCAGCAAGCAGAUAUUGAAGCCAAAGACAGAGUAAUAUUUGUGAAUCAGAAUUGGUCACAGACUGUGCAAGAUGAGAGCAAUAGAAAGCCUUCAAAUCCCAGUCAUCCUGAUGCUAACAAUAUGAAACAAUCUGAUUCAAAUAAUUCGAAAGGCUCCAACUCUGGUAAUGGAGAGCUGUCCAAGCAAGACACCAGCAUGAAAACUGAGCCCCAACCUAAGUCUUUGAAGCAGACCACGAACGAUGAGAUCAAAGAUGGUGCAGUCACAAAGGCUGAUUCUCUCGAAAAGAAACCCAAGAAGAUGACGGUGGAAGCAGAUUUAGAGGACAUAAAGAAAACACAGCAGCGCAGUCUAAUGGACUGGAGUUUUACGGAACAUUUUAAACCGAAAGUCCUGCUUCAGGUUCUUCAAGAAGCCCACCAGCAAUAUAGAUGUGUUGAUUCUUAUUAUCAUACCCAAGACAACUCUUUACUUUUAGUCUUUCAUAAUCCAAUGAAUAUACAACGUCAGCAUUGUGAACACUGGAACGUUGCUCUUCACUCCAAUGUUGGAUUCAGGAAUUAUUUAGAACUUGUUGCAAAACACAUUCAAGAUUGGAUUACUAAAGAAGAGGCUAUAUAUCAGGAAUCUAAAAUGAAUGAAGAAAUCACUAGGACCAAGGCUGAGAUGGAAUCAAAAUCUUCUGCUUGUACCAAAAUUACUUCUUCUAGCAAAAUUAUUGCCCUUAAAAAGUCUAAAAGUAACAAGGGACUCAGCAAAACAGAGAUUCCAGAUCAAGAAAAAGAGAAGGAAAAAGAGAAGGAAAAGAUUUCUUUCAUUUUAGAAGGCUCUCUCAAGGCAUGGAAAGAAGAGCAAGCUAGAUUAGCAGAAGAAGAACGCUUAAGGGAAGAAAAAAAAGCAGAAAAGAAGAGUAAAGAAGUUGGUAAAAAGAAAGGCAAGGAUAAGGUAGAGAAAGAAGACAGUAGGUCUGUGCAGAGAAAGCCUUCUUUCAAGGAUAAACCUAUAGACGAGCCAGCAAAAAUGCAAGAAGAAACAGAGGAGUUCCUCCAGCAACCAGAACCUGCGACAAUUUACCCGUUUCGAGGAUACAAUAUGGGAAAUACACCCAUCCAAAUCUCAGGGACAGACUACUAUUUAUAUCCUUCUGAUGGAGGGCAGAUUGAAGUAGAAAAGAUGUCAUUUGAAAAAGGCCCAACAUUCAUCAAAGUGAAAGUGAAAAAGGACAAGCACAAUUUUAUCAUCCAUCUACAAGACCCUAAGAAAAUUGUGAAAAAGGAACAGAAAGAAGAAAAUUAUUCCUCUGAAGAAGAGGAAGAAGAAAGAUGUGAGGAGCAAAAAUUUGAAGCAGAAGUAUCAGGUACAAAAGAUAAAGCUGUCAGCAAGUUUGGAUCUUUUUCUGCCACCUUAGAAAAUGGAAUCUGCCUCUCAAUAAGUUACUAUGGAUCAAGUGGAAUGGCACCAGAAGAUAAGGACCCUAAUGUAGAAGCAAUCUUAAAUAUCCCUUCAGCAAUCACUCCGACAGUGAUUCCUGUUGUAGAGACUGUUCCUCAAGGCAAAGCUAAAGGGAAACCAAAAGGCAGAGAAAAACCCAAAGAAUCCCUUCAAGAAGAGGAGAAUCCAAAAGAAGAAGAGAAAAAGGAUGAAGUAGAACCAGAACCUGUUUCACAAGAGACUCUUUAUGCUCCCACCUUCCCAAGCCUAAACGUGUCUUGCCCCAAUGGACUCCUGCUGUCUUUCAUUGGGGAGGAAUCUACAGGUCAAAACGUUAUGGAUGAGGAACCCACCUGGGAUAUCAUGACCCGUCAGAGCUACCCCCAGAAGGCAAAGCACUAUGAUUUCUAUAAAACAGUGAUGCCACCAGCCGAGCAAGAGGCAUCGAGGGUUAUCACCAGUCAAGGCACCGUUGUCAAAUAUAUGUUGGAUGGGUCCACACAGAUUCUCUUUGCAGAUGGUACUGUGAGUAGCAGUCCUGAUUCAGGUCUUAUUUGUCCUCCUCCUGAAAUACCAACAAGCCCUCAUAGUGGAGAUUUGAUGGACUCCCUUUCUCAGCAAAAAUCAGAAACAGCACCAUCUGAGACUAUCAUCACAAAGAAAGGAAAAGGUCAUAAAAAUCAGUCACCAGUGGCACAUAAGAGUGAAAUCCAGGAACCUCUCCCAGAGAUAGUCCAAACGGCAACUCCUGUGGAGGUCCACAUAGGCACCUGGUUUACAACCACACCUGCAGGAAAGCGAAUUGGCACCAAAGGAUUAGAGCGAAUAGACUUGGCGCCGGUUUUAUCUUUUCAGGCCACAGAUCCUGUCAAUGGAACGGUUAUGACAACACGAGAAGACAAAGUAGUUGUUGUCGAAAGGAAAGAUGGUACGAGGAUAGUGGAUCACGCUGAUGGUACCAGGAUCACAACCUUUUAUCAAGUUUAUGAAGAUCAUAUUAUUCCUCCAGAUGAUCAAGAAACAAUCGAAAGUCCUCAGACUGUCACCAGGCAGGUGAAAUGUAUGCGAAUAGAGAGCUCACACCAUGCCACUGUAAUCACCAACUGCGAGGACAGCAGCUGCUGUGCCACCUUCGGGGAUGGAACGUCUGUUAUUGCAAAGCCACAGGGAACAUACCAGGUGUUACCUCCAAACACAGGCUCUCUUUAUAUUGACAAGGACUGUUCGGCUAUAUAUUGCCAUGAAUCAAGUAGCGACAUAUACCAUCCCUUCCAAAAGCGUGAGCAGCUGAGAGCCAGCAGGUACAUCAUGAGGCACACUUCAGAGGUCGUCUGUGAGGUCCUGGAUCCUGAGGGAAACACCUUUCAGGUCAUGGCUGAUGGUAGUGUAUCAACUAUAUUACCUGAAAAAAAAAUAGAAGAUGAUUUAGACGUAAAAAAUGAGGGUUAUGAGAGUUUAUCAUCUAGUCACCUUCAAAAGAAUCAUCAGCAAAUCUAUGGUGAACAUGUCCCCAGGUUUUUUGUUAUCUAUGCUGAUGGAUCAGGGGUGGAGCUUCUUCGAGACAAUGACAUAGAAGAGUGCCUAUCUUUGGCAUAUGGAGAAUCAACCACCGUUGUUCUCCAAGAGCCAGUGCAAGAGCAGCCAGGUGCCCUGAGCAUCACAGUCCUUCGCCCUUUCCACGAAGCAUCACCUUGGCUAAUGAGGAAGGAACUGGACACAAUCGUCCCUCCUAAUCUCCACUCAAGGUCCUGGGAGACAUUUCCUUCAGCUGAGAAGAAAACUCCAGGCCCUCCGUUUGGCACUCACAUUUGGAAAGGCCUUUGCUUUGCACCCAAACAGCUAGUGAGUGCCCCAUCCCCGAUACUCAAGAGCCCCAGUGUGCUACAGAUACGCCAGUUCAUUCAGCACGAGGCCAUAAAGAACGAGGUGAAACUGAGGCUGCAGGUUUCCCUUAAGGAUUAUAUAAACCAUAUCCUAAAGAAAGAAGAUGAGCUCCAGGAAAUGACAGUUAAAGAUUCUAGAACUGAGGAGGAGAGAGGCAACGCCGCAGAUCUCCUCAAACUGGUUAUGUCUUUCCCUAAAAUGGAGGAUACAACAAAAAGUCAUGUUACUGAAGUUGCAGCCCAUCUAACUGAUUUAUUUAAGCAAUCUUCGACUGCUGCUGCAAAAUGUCCACCAGACAGACUUGGUAAAGACUUUUUGGAAAAGAAAUUGAGGCACAUAGCAACCUCAAAGCACUGGAAGGAAAAGAUAGAUGAAAAGAGGAAGGAGAUUGAGACAACAAAAACCCACCUAAAGAAUAUCAGGAACCAUGUAAUUCCACCCUAUUUCAAUUCUGAGUUGAGCAAGCUCUAUCAGUCUCAGUACAAGUACCUGGACAGCCUUUCCAAAAAACUGCCUCCUUUUACAAAGAAAGAUGAAGAUGCUAACCAGACAGAUGUUCAAGAUACGUCUGAUCUCCAUCUAGAGUCCAAGCCACAUAAGGUUUCAGAACAGGAAACCUCAAUCAUGCCUAGUCUUCCAAAAUCAGAGAUUUCUAUGGAUACGAAGGAGUUCAACAGCCAGAACCAGACUGAAAAUCUAACAAAAUUUACCGAAGAACCAGGAUAUAAUGAGCCCAUGAAAAUUCCAACUCAGUCACUGCUACAGGACGUUGCAGGACAAGCAAGGAAAGAAAAAGUGAAGUUGCCUCAUUAUCUGCUGAGUUCCAAGCCCAAGUCUCAGCCUCUCACAAAGGUGCAAGAUUCCGUUGGAGGAAAAGUGAACACCUCGUCUGUUGCAUCUGCGGCCAUUAAUAAUGCAACGUCGUCCCCUUUCGGGUUCCAUCUUCUCCCUUCUUCGGUGAAGUUUGGAGUGCUUCAAGAAGGACACACCUAUGCCACCGUCGUCAAGCUCAAGAACGUGGGAGUGGACUUCUGCAGGUUUAGGGUGAAGCAGCCGCCACCCAGCACAGGACUGAAAGUGACUUACAAACCUGGGCCUGUGGCAGCUGGUUUGCAGACAGAACUGAAGGUGGAGCUAUUUGCCAUGGCUGUUGGUGAGGAGGGUGCCAAGGGAUUAGUACACAUCUUCCACAAUAUUGAGAUUAUAACGGAGCAUGAUGUUCUGUUCUUACCUGUGGAAGCAACAAUUUUAACAAGCAGCAAUUAUGACAAUCGACCAAAAGAUUUUCCCCAGGGAAAAGAAAAUCCCACGGUCCAGAGAACUUCUACAGUACCUUCCUCCACCCUUGGAGUUUUCACGUCUCGUAACAUUUCUUCACAUUAGGUCCAGUAAGCAAUAAAUGGAAUGUGACUGUCAGCCAUUCAAAUUUGAGGCAUCAGACCUCUGGCGUGUUCCCCUCUUCUUAUCUCCAAGAAGCCACCUGGCCUGAUGGAAUGAAAAUAUUUGCUUCAACAACUAUAAUGGUUACUCGGGGAGGCCCCACAAUGUUUUUGGAGGGAGGGUCCCUUGUAGUACAGGCCUCCCUGCUAGGUGUUCUAGGAAGCCAUUGGCAU